AUGGCCUACCUGCUCCAUGCUCAACUAUUUCUGCUAACCACCCUCAUAUUAGGUCUGAACCUAAUAUGUGACCCAGUGCUAGGUCACAUCCUGGGUGGCAUAGAGAAAUCUAGUAUGGAGGAAGAUGGGGCCCCAGAAGCUCUGGAUUUUGCUGUCAGCCAGUACAAUAAAGAAAACAGUGACAUGUACCUGAGCCGUGUGGUACAAGUGAAGAGUGUCCAUAAGCAGGUGGUUGCUGGAGAGAAAUUUUUAUUUGAUGUGAUCUUAGGCAAAACAACAUGUUUGAAGACCCAAGCUGACUUGACCAACUGUCCCUUAAAUGAAGAGGCUGAUCAAAAGGAGAGUGAAUUCUGCUCUUUUGAGGUCUAUUAUAUCCCCUGGGAGGAUUAUAUGGCCUUGAUGAGCUCCAGCUGUCACAGUAUAUAA